UGCCUUUUUACUUCUCACUUUAGGGCAGUGCAGUGUACUGAUUGACGCAGGGCUGACGUUUCACUGCGGUAUUCGCAUGGCCGAUGCGUGUAGUAUAAAAUUUAUUUUAAUGUGGCAUCCUCUGUUUUACCAGUUUCAUCAUUAGACGCAUCAACAAUUGACAAAUAUUUGAACUCCCAGGCACUAAUUUACAACCGAGGAUAGUUACGAGAUAACCGAGCACUAAAAAAUUCCAACCAUGUCGAACGAGGAAACUUCGGCCGAUCGCAAUGUAGAGAUCUGGAAAAUCAAGAAGCUGAUUAAAAGUUUGGAAAUGGCACGUGGAAAUGGUACAAGUAUGAUUUCGUUAAUUAUACCACCAAAGGAUCAAAUAUCCAGAGUAAGUAAGAUGUUGGCUGAUGAAUUUGGUACAGCAUCCAACAUCAAAUCGCGUGUGAAUAGAUUAUCCGUACUGGGUGCAAUUACGUCCGUUCAACACAGACUGAAGCUAUAUACUAAAGUACCACCAAAUGGAUUAGUAAUAUACUGUGGUACUAUUGUAACAGAGGAAGGCAAGGAAAAGAAAGUAAACAUCGAUUUUGAACCAUUCAAGCCCAUCAACACAUCCCUUUAUCUGUGCGAUAAUAAGUUUCAUACUGAGGCUUUAACAGCUCUCUUGGCCGAUGAUAACAAAUUUGGAUUUAUAGUUAUGGAUGGUAAUGGAGCGUUAUUUGGUACACUGCAAGGGAACACGCGUGAAGUUCUCCACAAGUUUACUGUUGAUUUACCGAAAAAGCAUGGUAGAGGUGGACAGUCAGCCCUACGUUUUGCAAGAUUGCGUAUGGAGAAGCGACAUAACUAUGUCCGCAAAGUGGCUGAAGUUGCAACCCAACUUUACAUUACUAAUGACAAACCUAAUAUAGCUGGUCUGAUUUUGGCUGGAAGUGCUGAUUUCAAGACAGAACUGAGUCAGUCCGACAUGUUUGAUCCUAGAUUACAAGCAAAAGUAAUCAAACUAGUUGAUGUGUCAUAUGGUGGUGAAAACGGAUUCAAUCAAGCAAUUGAAUUAGCUGCCGAAUCUUUACAAAACGUGAAAUUUAUCCAGGAAAAAAAGCUCAUAGGCCGAUAUUUUGACGAGAUAUCACAAGAUACGGGGAAGUAUUGCUUUGGUGUAGAAGAUACAUUGAGAGCAUUGGAAUUAGGAAGCGUUGAAACGUUGAUAUGUUGGGAAAAUUUAGAUAUUCAGAGAUACGUACUGAAAAAUCAUACUAAUGCUGAAGAAAAAGUGUUGCACCUAACGCCAGAGCAAGAAAAGGACAAAUCACACUUUACCGAUAAAGAGAGCGGUGUGGAACUUGAAUUAGUUGAGUGUCAGCCACUUUUGGAAUGGCUUGCAAACAAUUACAAGAGUUUUGGUGCUACUUUGGAAAUUAUCACAGACAAGUCGCAAGAAGGUUCCCAAUUCGUUAGAGGGUUUGGUGGAAUAGGAGGAAUCCUGCGCUACAAAGUUGAUUUCCAAUCACUGCAGGCUGAUGAGCCACUUGACGAUGUUGACCUCGAUGAUUACUAAUUUCAUCUGUCAAGUACUCAGAGUCAACCAGCUUGCAAUCUGGGAAAGGUGUUUUACGGUACAAAGUGGAUUUCCAAAGUAUGCAGUUGGAAGAUACUGAAGUUGAAAGUUUUGAUCUAGAUGACUAUUAAACUACCAACAAAGACUCGGUUCUCUUAGCUUCCAGGCUCACACGAUUACAUUACGAUCACUUUUUUCAACGUGAAGACAGUGGUGACAAAUCUCAUCAAUAGUUACAAGAUCGAUUGGAACAACCACUAAUACACAUUAUAUUAAAAUCAACGAUCAUUUUCAUAGGUUUUUAAAAAGCAGCAUAGAGAACAGUUGCAAAGAUAAAUAUGUGACCCAUUUGGAAUCGUAUUAUCAUCUAGAGAUUAGGAAACGUCAAGCAGUUGUAGUUGGUAUAUAAAACUGAUAGAAAAAAAUGCAGUUUAUGCCAACAGUCCAAGACUAAAAAUGGCCAGCCAGCUUGAUGCCUGCCUAUUGAACUAAUAAUACGUUGUCUUAUUAUACUAGCUUCUUUGAUUAUUCAAAUGAAUUUGAUUUAAAUUUUCUGCAAUUUUACGGACGCUAUUUAUGAUUGUACAGUACAUAAUUUGGGACAUAAUAAUCUUGUACCAAAUUGAUGUUGCAGCACUGUAUUGUAACAAUUCUUGUUAUCGAAUCGGUAACUGACUUAUGUAUGUAUGAUUGUAGCGUUAUUCUUGUUUAUAUAAAAUUUUGGUGAAGUGUAAUAAAUUGAUUAUUAUAAAUACAAUUUGUGUAUCGUACAUUUUGUACCAUC